AUGAGAUCUUUUACGAUCGUUUUAAUCCUUGCCAUUUGUGCACCAGCCGUGCUUUGUCAAAACGACGAUGAUUCAUUAUUUGACUACUUCUUUUGGAUGCCGCCACGUACAUCGGCUACAAGAGAAAGUAUCUCAAAUCCAGAAUCAGAUAUAACGAGCAUUGACGCAGUGGAACCAAACCAAGAUGAAGUUGAAAUUCUACCAUCCGAUGUGUAUUACAAUAGAGAUCAAUCGGCACCAGUGCAGUUUGAAACCGAGUCAACAUAUGAUACUACAGCAAUGAGUACAACAGAAGAAAUGGCAUCAGAAAGUGGUAAAAAAUCCACUGACACCAGCAGCAGCGAAGGUGCGAGCGCACAACAAGCUUUGGUCGAUAGUGAAUUUUGGAAACAUUUUAUGGCAAUUCUUACGAAAAUGGAGAAAGAACAACCAUCGACAAUUGAAAAUCCACCGAACAAAGCUGAAUUGAAUAAAUUUACGGGCAAAAAAUAUAAUCCGAUCGAUGCGAAAAAAUCGCGUCAAAUCGGAUAUAAAGCAGAGAAUCCAACUGAUAGCGUCGCUGAUACGGUGAACUUUGGUUUUGAAUCUACAGCAUCAAGUUCAAGUCAUUCGCAAAGUAGUACGUUCACAACCGAUCAGAGCUCAAGUGAGAAGUCAGAUGAAAGUUCCGAGGAAAGCAGUUAUGGUGAUGAUGAUGGAUCUGAAUCUCGGAGUACCAAUUCGAACUACCAAUCCCAAACUUCCGGAAUCUAUUUUGAUUCUGACCGAAUCUUUGUUCCAUUGGCACCAUUCCCAGAUGAUUACGAACCAAUUUCAUACAUUGUUGAAGAAUCAGACGAAAAAAUGCCCGAAAUUGAAGAUACUUUGCCACGUACAAGCGCCAGCACAAUUUCUAUCCCAUCAAUUACCAGUUGUGAGACGGUGGAUACCGAAUCGACAAAAGAAGAAAACGCACGAGAAUCAACUAUAUCAGAAUCAUCAACUGAUGACAGUACCGUGUCCAACGGCCCGACUGAUGAUGGGGAGAAUCAAAGAAUCGCAGAAAUUCAAUCAAGUAUGACAAGCAACACAAAAGAGGAAAAUUUUGAAAUUAUUUCAAGCAAUGAUGAGACAGUAGAUGCAGUAUCUACAAAUACAGAAAACGUUGAAUCAACAAAAGAAGAUAAAGCUGAAUCAACAGAAGAUAAAAAUGAAAACGAAAUUGAAAAUGAUAUCCCAAUUGACGAUGAUAAACCAUUGGGACAUAUUUCAUUUGGUCAAUUUAUGAAAGCACUUAUCAAGCGUAUGGUACUGUAA